AUGACUUCAGUUUAUUUUCCCUCUUCUCUUUCUAAGACAUUGAUGAUGGCUCUAAGCAAUUCUAGUUGGAGGCUACCCCAGCCGUCUUUUUUCCUGGUAGGUAUUCCAGGUUUAGAGGAAAGCCAGCACUGGAUAGCAUUGCCCUUGGGUGUCCUUUACUUCCUUGCGCUAGUUGGCAAUGUUACCAUUCUCUUCAUCAUCUGGACAGACUCCUCCUUGCACCAACCUAUGUACCUUUUCCUGGCCAUGCUAGGUGCUAUUGAUCUUGUCCUGGCCUCCUCCACUGCACCCAAAGCCCUUGCAGUACUCCUGGUUCAUGCCCAUGAGAUUGGGUACAUUGUCUGCCUCAUUCAGAUGUUCUUCAUCCAUGCAUUCUCAUCAAUGGAGUCAGGAGUACUUGUGGCCAUGGCUCUGGAUCGCUAUGUGGCCAUUUGUCAUCCUCUGCACCAUUCCACCAUCCUGCAUCCGGGGGUCAUAGGGCGCAUUGGAAUGGCAGUGCUAGUGCGGGGAUUACUUCUUCUCAUUCCCUUCCCCAUCCUGUUGCAGAACCUGAUCUUCUGCCAGGCCACUAUCAUAGGCCAUGCUUAUUGUGAGCAUAUGGCUGUGGUAAAACUUGCCUGCUCAGAAACUACAGUGAACCGAGCUUAUGGGCUAGCAGUGGCACUGCUUGUGGUUGGGCUGGAUGUUCUAGCCAUUGGUAUUUCCUAUGCCCUCAUACUCCAGGCAGUGCUGAAGGUACCAGGGGUUGAGGCCCGAUUAAAGGCCUUUAGCACUUGUGGCUCUCAUGUUUGUGUCAUCCUGGUCUUCUAUGUCCCUGGAAUGUUCUCCUUCCUCACUCAUCGCUUUGGUCAUCAUGUUCCCCAUCAUGUCCAUGUUCUUCUGGCCACACUCUAUCUUCUUGUGCCACCUGCCCUCAAUCCUAUUGUCUAUGGGGUGAAGACUCAUCAGAUCCGCAAGCGAGUUCUCAGAGUAUUGUACACAAAAUGA